AUGGCGCCACCGCCGCCUAAUGGACUACGCGGCGACAUGUACAGCAUCACAACCACUGGCUUUCAUCGAAGAAAUUCUGGCGCGUGGACAGCUACCACCAUCCCUUCUUCCUCUUCUACAAUCACUUGCACCCAAUCGCCAUUGUCUUCUUCAGCAUUGCCUCCUGUAUGGAAACGACGUAGACCAUCCAAUCAUCGACUUCCUUUAACGCAUGAUCGGCCUACUCGUUCACGUUCAUUCUUUUCGAAAUAUGAUCGAAGAUGGCGAUGGUGGCAUGUUUUAUUCGUUCUCAUGGUCUUGCUUGGUGUAAUUCAAUUUGUGGGUGUCCUUGUUGGCAGUCGUCUUUUACAUAGCAAAACGGCAUCCAUCCGCAUAGCAUUACGAGAAUUUCCAAAGAUGCAAUAUCGACACUUGGAUGAUACGCAAUACGUAACCAGGAGCAGCAGCACCACUACAUCACUUGUACAAGGGGCAACUAUUUAUCAUGUGACCAAAGAGUUUGGUGUGGCAUCCAUGGGUGGCAUGGGAAUGGUUGUCACUGCCCUGGCGGCAGCACAGCAACGAUCUGGGACAGUCAAUGCAGCUGUGGUGAUGCCAUUUUAUUCAUACAUCAAGAAGAAAUACAAGGUGGAUAGAGUGACAGAUCUCGUGGUGGAUGUUCGCGAUAAUGAGGGUCGAUUGGUGCCUGUUGAAUUCCGCGUGUGGAAGAUGAUGCACGUGUUCAAUCCGCCACCGCCACCGCCUCAGCCAAAUAUCACCAUAGCAGCCACGACCUUGGAUGAUGGUCCAAUUAUCAACGCUACAUGGGUGGAUGGUGCAAUGGUGAAUAUGACCUAUGAUGAAGCAUUGGAACACUAUCAACAGCAGCAGCAAUUGGAAAUGCAAGUUCCGAUCCCAGCGAGUGAACAAGUACCUGUUUACCUGAUUGGACCUGGCAACCGGAAGCCAUUCAACAAGGCGUUUCGUGCCAGCAAAGUACAAAACAUUUAUUCGACACCAAAGGAUUUGCCACAGGAAUGGAAGGAUCAGUAUUUCACCAAAGCCGCUGCCGAAUUCCUUGCACAUCAAGCAGCUGCAGCUGAUGAGACGCCGCUAUUUGCACCUACUCAGAUGGCCAGCCGACACGUGGAUGUCAUCCAUAUUCACGGUGCUACCAAUGCUUACACAGCCUUAUACAUGCGUGAUUUCGAACGACGUAAUCAAUUGGGUGCACGUACGCCUGCCAUUGUCUACACGAUGCACGAUUAUCUUGAUGAAUUACAGUAUUCGAUCCGCUAUACCAAUGCCGCCAGGUUCUUCAAUGACAUCAAUGAAGACACAGAUGCCCUCAAACCUUACACACGUGAUCAACGCACUUUCAUGUCCAGUCUUGGUAUCGAUUAUGCGGAUGUUGUCACCUUUGUCAGUCGUCAAAUGGCCAAGGAUAUUGUUGAAGGUCGUGAUGAUUUCUAUCUCAAGGAAUUUGUGAUGGAUGGUAUUCUACGCAAGGCGGAGCAAAUGCGAUUUUUCGGUAUCACCAAUGGUGUUGAUUAUGGUGCGCUUGAUCCAUUUUCCAACAAGGUGUUGAUCCAACGCCGUGCCGUCUUUUCCGAAUAUGCAUUGGACAUGCUCAAAUCACAUCAAAACAACUCAAUGGCUCAACGAGAGGAAUCAUCAUGGCAUUUAUCAACCAACAACAAAGACUUUGUAUUAUAUGCGAAGGAUCAGGCCAAAAAGUAUUUGAUUCGACGCAAGGUGUUAUCGGAAGCUGAUCUCACACGACCUGUGGUGCUCUUUGUUGGCCGAUUUCAAUACAACAAAGGACUCGAGACAUUUGAAGAGGCAGCACAUCAUUUUGUGGAGAACGACAUGAAAUUUGUGGUGAUUGGACAACCCAACAACUAUCCACUUAAAUGGGUCAAGGCGUUACAAGACAAGUAUCCAGAGAAUGUAGUGGUGUUGUCAUCUGCUUCACAACAGCGUCGAUGGCUCACUCUUUGUCGUGCAGCUGCUGAUUUCAUGUAUGUGCCAAGUGUGACCGAGAGCUUUGGACUUGUGGCAGCGGAAGGCUUGUUGUUUGGUACACCCGUCAUUUCUACUGGUGCUGGUGGUCUAAAGGAAUUCUUGAUCGAUCGUCCAUCAUCCAUGCAACAACAAGAACGAGAUGUCCGUGUGAUACGUGAUCGAACAACCCAUGCACCUAUUGUCACAAGUCGUGAAGAGUACAAUGCCUAUCUCUUUGAUAACAACUCACCGGAUCGAUCAUUGGAGAGUGCUAUCAAGGAUGCAGCUUACGAUUACCAACGUAACAAGAACAGCAAGAUAAGACGCGAGGAAUUUCUAUUACGGAUGAUCAGCAGUGCAUUUGCACUUGGAUGGGAUCGUGGCAACCAACAAGGACCCAUGUAUGAUUACAAUCGCGUGUAUCAACUUGCUUUAGCCGAUCGGCACAUACCCCAUUUGAGCAAGCAUGAAAUCGAUGAAGAGCGGGUUCUCUUACGACGACUCCAUAGCAGCAGCAGCAGCAGCAGUAACAAUUCUUCUUAA